AUGAAGGGAAAAUACACUGAGGUGAGGAGACUAUAUGAAGGAGAUAAGACCUCUUCAAGUUCUGAACUAGAAAAAUCUUCCAACGGUGACGAUUCAGAUGAUUUUUGGAAGUCGUUUGUAGUACCAUCGGUGGUCAAUCAAUCAAAAGGUGAAAGCGAUUUACUUCCAGCACAGGAGAAAAAAGAAGUAGCCAAAACAGAAAGCAGUGAACUUGAUUCCAGCAUGCCAAAAUCUAGAUUAAAACCCAAGGCUGCAAAAUGGAACGAAUGGAAACCGGAAGAGGUUAAAAAGCAAAUUGAAUUGCAUGGGGAACUCAACAGAAGAUUCCAAGUUCCCAGGAGACGGAUGGCCCUCUGGGAAGAAAUAUCUUCAAAUCUGUUAUCUGAUGGAAUUACUAGAAGUGUCGGACAAUGCAAAGAAAAACAACAUUCGUAA